AUGCAUUCUUCGUAUUUCCAGCGACCGAACAAUAGUCACGUCGCGUUUAAUCUCAAGAUACGGCCACAGACGCUGGCCGGCACUGGGCCAUCCAACCGGUCUUCCUCAGAUUCAACGACGAUCAUUCGACGUCCGACUAUUCAAAUAACGCCAGGUGCCUGCUCGCCUACCAAAGGCUUUCUACGCUUUUCCAAACCAUCAACAGAAAUAACCGAUAAGGCAACCGAUAAGGCAAUUGCUACUCCCGACUUGGAUGCUAGUAAACCGUCAAGCCUAGGAGACCAACCAAAGGGGGUUCAACUUGGUUUUCUGGAGCUUGCGUCAGGCAAGGAUCCCAUCGUCGACAUUAUCGCCAUUCACGGGUUGGAUGGCCACAGAGAGAAAACGUGGACGGCAGACAAUGGCGUCUUGUGGCUUCGAGACCUCCUCUCCGUCGACAUUCCCAACGCUCGGAUCCUCGUGUAUGGCUACGACGCCGACACUCGCAGUCGAGAGUGUGUCUCGACGCAGACGAUAUAUCAGCAUGCGGACAAGUUUCUCAAAUCCCUGUCACGGCAACGUAGUGGCAAUCCACGGCGACCAAUCAUUUUCAUUGCACACAGUUUGGGUGGCAUAGUACUCAAACAGGCUCUCGUCCUUUGUCAGAACCAGAGCCGGGGGUCAACAAAUCCACUCCGUGAUAUCUUGGUGUCCACUCACGCCGUUCUCUUCUUUGGAACACCCCAUUCAGGAGUCAAAGGUGUCGACCUUUUGCAGACCAUGAACCGGCUGUUGUCACUGUACUUGAAGACGACAGAUGUAAUCCUCCGGCAUCUUGGGGAGCACUCGCCGGAGCUAGAGAAUAUACAGAACCUAUACAUUUCGGCAAGUGCAGAGAUUGAAACGGUUCUAUUUUAUGAAGUGUACCCGACGCCGAUUAUUGGAGGCAAAAGCCAGCUGAUUGUGCCGCAUUACUCGGCUACAGUGGCCGGGGAUCGCCAUGCGACUGAAGAGGGACUAGAUGCCGAUCACUGUCAGAUGGUCAAGUUCAUUGACACGAAACAGAGGAACUACGUGACGGUUCUCUCAUACCUCAAACGGCACAUUGAAGGAGCUGUGACUGCGGUGACGAGAAAAUGGUCGACAGAGGAUGCGCAUCGAGCUGUGGCCGAUGGAUAUCACCUACCGCCACACGGGAUCGUCCCGCCGAAGCCUCGACUUACUGUCUCACGAAACUACGUCGAUAGACCAGAACUCCAGUCCCUCAUCACGCAUAAUCUACUUCCAGGCGGCCAUAAACGGCAUCAGCCACGCUGUAUACUACAUGGAAUUGGAGGGGUGGGAAAAACUCAGCUGGCCAUGAACUGGAUUCGGGAGCACGAAAGCAGUUUCACUCGGGUCAUUGUUGUCGAUGCUUCCAGUCAAACCCAAUUGGAAAAAGACCUGGAGCUUUCGAUCCGCGUAUUAGGUCCAGAGUAUAGCAAGAUGACCUGGAAUGAUGCAGUUGCUUACUUGGAUGGGAAGGCAAAAGGCUGGUUGUUAUUCUUCGACAAUGCCGAUUCGCCAGACCUUGACCUUCGUCCAUACCUCCCUAUGUCUACUCACGGGGCAGUUAUGAUCACGACAAGGAAUAGUGAAUAUGUUGGCUACGCUCCAGAUGGCUCAGUACCUGUCGGCGAUCUGGAGGAGAGCGAGGCGAUCAAGCUCCUUCAUACUGUCGCCAAGGUCGCACCACAAUCCGAUGUCGAGUCCCUCAAGAUAGUCAAGGAGCUUGGGAUGUUGGCGUUGGCAAUCACCCAGGCAGGAGCCUAUAUUCGCAAGACACGGCGCCUCGAUACAUAUCUCGACACGUUUCGUAGUCAUCGGCAUCGACUUCUGCGAAAGCAAGUAGACAUCGGCAGCGACUACACAUCCUCGACAUACACCGCAUUCGACCUGUCUUUCGAUUACCUUCCUACAAAGACACGAGAGUUUCUGAAGCUCUGCGCGUUUCUUCAUCACUCGCUCAUUCCCAUCUUCUUAUUUGAAGAAUCGAUAAAAAACGGUUUCACUACAUAUAUCAUCCGGAAAGACUGCCCUCCACCGGAGACCGACGAAGCUUUCAUCUCGGGCCUUGAACAGAUCAUAGGCUCGACAUGGGAUGAGGGGCUGUUUCAAGAUAUCAUUGAAUCGGCCUCUCGCGCGUCGUUUAUUGACGUCUCGAUUGACGGAUUGUUCUACACCGUCCAUCCCCUCCUUCAGGCGUAUAUCAAGGAUGACCUCAAUGAACAGGAGAAUCAGCGAUACGCAAGUAUGACAAUGCAACUCCUACUCGGUGCAAUUCGACCUGUUGAAAGCAGUUAUGCGCCCCUUUGGCGACUAGUUCCCCAUGCCAACAAUAUACCUCGGUCUUUACAGGUGGAAAAUUUGGCACGUGUGUUGGCGUUCAAUGCGCUUUAUGAGUCCAUAGGGGAUUGGACCUCGUCUAGAGCACUCCUAGAGUCUGCCGUUCCCCAACUUCAACAGGCUAAGAGCGAGAGACAUGAAGAUUCGUUAUGGGCUAUGCUCAAACUUAGCGCUGUGCUCUGGGAAUGUGGUCAAUUGGAUGAAGCCGAGCAAAUGGGACGAGGUUCAGCGUUUGAGACGUCAAGUACGUCACUGCGAUGA